ACCAUGGCCGCCUUGGCUGCCCGGCUGUCUAAGCAGCGGGCCGUGGCCCAGGGUCUUGGCUCUAGUCAGAAGGCCGUGAAGUACUUGGACCAAGACUUUGAGGCCCUGAGGCAAGAGUGCUUGGCUUCGGGGGUUCUCUUUAAGGACCCCGAGUUCCCGGCCUGCCCGUCGGCCCUGGGCUACAAGGAUCUUGGUCCCGGCUCCCCACAGACACGUGGUGUGGUCUGGAAGCGGCCCACGGAGCUGUGUGCCAGCCCUCAGUUUAUCGUUGGCGGGGCCACGCGUACAGACAUUUGCCAGGGAGGACUCGGUGACUGCUGGCUGCUGGCGGCCAUCGCCUCGCUCACCUUGAACCAGGACCUGCUUCACCGAGUGGUGCCUCCAGGCCAGAGCUUCCAGCAGGAUUAUGCCGGCAUCUUCCACUUCCAGUUCUGGCAGUAUGGCGAGUGGGUGGACGUGGUGGUGGACGACAGGCUGCCCACCAAGGACGGGGAGCUGCUGUUCCUACACUCAGAGGAGCGCAGUGAGUUCUGGAGCGCCCUCCUGGAGAAGGCCUAUGCCAAGCUCAACGGCUCCUAUGAGGCUCUCUCCGGGGGCUCCACGGUGGAGGGCUUUGAGGACUUCACAGGUGGUAUCUCUGAGUUCUUUGACCUGAAGAAGCCCCCAGCGCAGCUGUUUCAGAUCGUGCGCAAGGCCCUGCGUGCGGGGGCUCUGCUGGCCUGCUCCAUCAGUAUUUCCAGUGCGGCUGAGACAGAAGCCAUCACCAAUCAGAAGCUCGUGAAGAGCCAUGCUUACUCUGUCACUGGAGCGGAAGAGGUGGACUUCCGUGGCUGCCCAGAGAGAUUGAUCCGACUCAGGAACCCUUGGGGCAAGGUGGAGUGGAUGGGAGCCUGGAGCGACAAUGCACCGGAGUGGAAUCACAUAGACCCCAGGCAGAGAGAAAAACUGGACAGGAAAGCAGAGGAUGGAGAGUUCUGGAUGUCCUUCUCAGACUUCCUGAGGCAGUUCUCUCGGCUGGAGGUCUGCAACCUGGCCCCCGACUCCCUGAGCUACAAUGAGCUGCACAAGUGGAACCUGGUCCUGUUCAAUGGCCGCUGGACGCGGGGCUCCUCCGCUGGGGGCUGCCAGAACUAUCCUGCCACGUACUGGACCAACCCCCAGUUCAAGAUCCACCUGGACGAGCAGGAUGACAGCCCUGGGGAGCCCCACUGCACCGUGCUGCUGGGCCUGAUGCAGAAGAACCGGCGACGGCAGAAGCGUCUGGGGCAGGGCCUGCUCAGCAUUGGCUAUGCCGUCUACCAGGUUCCCAAAGAGCUGGAGAGCCGGACAGACACGCCGCUGGGCCCAGACUUCUUCCUGGGCCGCCAGCCUGCCGCCCGCUCCAGCACCUAUGUCAACCUGCGUGAGGUGUCGGGCCGGCUCCAGCUGCCCCCGGGGGACUACCUGGUGGUGCCAUCCACCUUUGAGCCCUUCAAGGACGGGGACUUCUGCCUCCGGGUGUUCUCAGAGAAGAAGGCGGGGGCGCUGGAGAUUGGGGAUGAGGUGGCUGAACACCCCUAUGAGCCUCACCCCAGGGAGGUGGAUGAAGCAGACAAGCAGUUCAGGAGCCUGUUUGAGAAGCUGGCCGGGCAGGAUGCCGAGCUCAGUGCUGGUGAACUCAAGACGGUUCUCAAUGGAGCGCUUUCCACAUGGCCAGACAUAAAAUUUGAUGGAUUUGACAUCAACACUUGCAGGGAGAUGGUCAGCCUGAUGGAUAGCCAUGAGACAGGCACCUUGGGGCUGGCGGAAUUCAAGACGCUUUGGCUGAAGAUUCGCAAGUAUCUGGAGAUCUUUCAAGAAGCUGAUGUCAACCACUCGGGGACCAUUGAUGCCCAUGAGAUGAGGAUGGCCCUCAAGAAGGCAGGCUUCUCCCUCAGCAACCAGGUGCAGGAGACCAUCGCCCUGCGGUAUGCAGGCAGCCAGCUGGGUAUCGAUUUCAACAGCUUCGUGGCAUGUCUGACCCGCCUGGAGGCGCUUUUCAAGUUGUUCAGGCUCCUGGACAAGGAGCAGAAGGGGACUGUGCAGCUCUCUCUGGCCGAGUGGCUGUGCUGUGUGCUGGUCUGAUGCAGAGAUCCGACUCCGGUGACGCUCCCUGUUGGCCUGCCUUCCUUUCCUACCCCUUCUUUCUGGGUUUGUCAACACUUAGCCCUGAGUGGUGUGACCCCCCCUUCACCCUGAGAUCCUGAGUUUCCACCCCAGAGGGAUCUGAGGAGCCCCCAGAUUUGGUCAGCAGUGUCUGGGCAGACCCCAGGACCCAGUGGAGGGCAGGGUGAUUAAAGUGGUGGGCAACGAGCUUUGGUCUUUCUCCAGUGACUGACUCCCUGAGGGGACCGGGAUCCAUGAGGGGAAGGCUUGUCGGGAAAUGGCUUCUUCCUCUCCAGGGUGCUGAGAGGCUGGGUAUGUGAAGGGAAGGGAGUCCCACCAGGUAAAGCUGCCUGUGGCAGUGUCGCAGGAACCUGGCCUCAGUGCUCUCCAGA